GAAAUACCUGUGACUGUGCACAGAAAGCUCUUGGGGCAGGUGUAGGGAUAGGGAGGGAGGGAGGAAGGAGGAUGCCAGCUAGAGGAAUAGCUUGCCUGACUCGUAGGCAGUCCUGUCUGCAUUUGCACACUUCAUUUUAGCGUUCAAUGGCACACACUCCGCUCUGUAUUUGCCCCACUGUGGCCCUUGGUGUGCCGCCAGAUCUAUAAAAUCUGGCCUCCACAGGGCACUCACAGCAUGUGCUGAUGAUAAGAGCCAGUACACAUUUCUACAUGUCCUUUCCUUUUCACUGGGCCUAUAGUCCCUUCUGUAGAUGAAAUUCAACAGGUCAAAGCAGGGCCAGAGGUGGUGCCUCUCCCAGGUGGGUGUGGGAGUUCCCAGAGGAAAAAGAAAAGGGAAGGGAGAGGGGGCCCAGCAUGAGACCAGAAGUUCAGAGAGCAAGCCUUGGGUUUCUCCUGGAGACCCUGAAAGGGAGCCCCAGGAAGAGGUGAUGACAAAAGACAAGGCUUCUCAAGCCUCACAAGAGGAAGUGGACCCAAGAGACACGCAUCAAGGUCAGAGAAGGGCCAUGCAGAAGGAAAGACAGCAAACAGAGCUGCAGCGAGCACUGAGCUGGGCACAGGAAACAGGGCAGAGCCUCAGGACCAGCGGUCUGGCCCCGCAAAGCAGCUGGAAGAGAGGUGCUGGAGCCACCAGAGGUGUACAGCUAACGGCUCCUGGGGCAGCAGCCUGACUGGGCCUGGGGCACAGGGCCUGAGUCCUGACCAGGCCAAGCCUGCAAUCAAGGACAGUGCUAGGCUGUUAGAGCUGCCCAGGGCUGGAAACCCAUGGGCUAUUGCCCAGACCCCUUGCAAAAACCUAGCAAAGGAGCAUGCUCUGUACCACAAUACGGCCCCUGUGGAUGGCUUGAUCCCAUAACCUACCACUACUUCCUAAACCCCUCAAACAAUACCCCCUGGCCUGCACCCUGGAGAAUGCCCUGGGAGGUGGGGCUACAAAAGGAACUGACAGCCCCUGGGGGUAGGUGGAGCCCAGCACUGCAGGGGGCAGAGAGAGAGGCGUGUCAAGGGAGGAGCUCAGAUCAGCCUGGGGGGUCGGCACUGGGAGAGGGUUUUCUAUGUUCAUUCUGACUUGGCACCUCAUUCUGCACAGAACUUUUUGGAUACCGGAGGGAGGAAGACACUCAGUGUGAGGUGGUGUCCUCAGUGAAGACUCUGGAAUCUUGUGGACUCAGCGGGGAGACAAGAGGCAUUCCCAGCAGCAUCACCUCCUGGGCAUUUCAGAACCCUGGCUUGGACCCCGACCAAAGAGGGCCCUCAGCUAACUGCUAAAUAGGCCAGAGACCCCAGCUCUCCAAGGCCUGCAUCCCUCCGUCCAGGGCGCGCCCUGCCCCUCCCUGAGUCACCCAGGGAGAGAGGGGGAAAAAAGGGAAGAGAAAAGAGGCAUUGGCUACAGAGGAAGGAAAAGGAAACAGCAGAGGAGGGAGGAGAGAGGCCACGCAGGAGUGGGUGACAGAGGAGGUCAGAGAGGGAAGAUCUAGGGCAGAUCAGGGCAGAUCAGGGCAGAGGGAGAUCGAGAGAGGGCAGGCCAGCAUCCUAAAGGGUGCCCCAAGAACAAGCGGUGGGGGCGGGGAGCAGAGGGGGCGGGCCGGCCAUGUCCCACGGGACCUACUACGAGUGUGAGCCCCGGGCCGGCCAGCAGCCACUCGAAUUCUCCGGGGCCCGAGCCGGGCCUGGGGAGCUGGGGGACAUGUGUGACCAUGAGGCCUCCAUCGACCUCUCCGCCUACAUUGAGUCUGGGGAGGAGCAGCUCCUCUCUGACCUCUUCGCUGUGAAACCGGCACCUGAGGCCCGAGGCCUUAAGGGACCCGGAACCCCCGCCUUCCCCCACUACCUGCCGCCUGACCCGAGACCCUUCGCCUACCCCCCACAUACCUUCGGACCCGAAAGGAAGGCACUGGGGCCUGGCAUCUACAGCAGCCCAGGGAGCUACGACCCCAGGGCUGUGGCCGUGAAGGAGGAGCCUCGGGGGCCAGAGUGCAGCCGGGGGACCAGCCGUGGCAGCUACAAUCCUCUGCAGUACCAAGUGGCACACUGUGGGCAGACGGCCAUGCACCUGCCCCCAGCCCUGGCAGCACCCAGCCAGCCUCUGCGUGUCCUCAAGGCCCCUUUGGCAGCCACUGCGAACCCCUGCAGCCCCCUCCUCAAGGUGCCCUCCCCAGCUGGUCCCUCUCACAAGGGCAAGAAGGCAGUGAACAAAGACAGCCUGGAGUACCGGCUGCGGCGGGAACGGAACAACAUCGCAGUGCGCAAGAGCCGGGACAAGGCCAAGAGGCGCAUCCUGGAGACGCAGCAAAAGGUGCUGGAGUACAUGGCAGAGAAUGAGCGCCUCCGCAGCCGCGUGGAGCAGCUGACCCAGGAGCUGGACACACUUCGAAACCUCUUCCGCCAGAUCCCUGAGGCUGCCAACCUCAUCAAGGGCGUGGGGGGCUGCAGCUGAGCCUGGCUGGCAAACUGUGUUACCAGCCCCCACAACCCCACCUGAGCCUGGGGAUUCCCACCCUGCUCUAGGGCCCCUCACAGGCCAAGCCUAAGACACGGACCAUGGACAAAUGGCAGCAGGUGGAGAGAGAGGAGGGCAGGCCCCAGCAUAAUGAUUCUGUGGCUGAAUAAAAUUGCUCUCUGAGUCAG